AUGAAAUUAUUGCCAAUUUUACUUGGAAGUGCAAUUGCACAGUCACAGAAUGAUAUUUUGGACAUGAAAAAGAGAAGCUUCCUUCAGGAAAUCGAGCUCGACGCUAUUCUUCAGCUCCAGGACUACAUUCAAUUCGAAGAUUUCAAUGUAACUCAAGGAAUCAUUGAAGGUCUCAACUCAUACAGAGAUGAUCAUCCAGAGAAAGAAAAUGAAUGGGGUGAAAAAGCUGAUAGUCUCUUUGAGUUUGAGCAGAAUACUGGGAGACUCGUCCGAACUGGAGGUGGAGGACUCACUCUUGCCGAUCGAGGUCACAUCAUCAAAUACCUCCAAAUGAAGAUCGUCAUUCUCUUCAUGCAGAAAAACAAGUUCCUCGGAAAAUAUUGCUUCUACGGCUGCUGGUGCUUCCCCCGUGGAGCCGGAAACAACGGCGGCUUCGGUCAACCAGUCGACAACAUCGACAAGUCCUGCCGAGAAUACUCGACCUGCUACAAUUGCAUCUACAACCAAAACAUUGGCAGUCAAAAAUGCCCGGAGAACACUGCCGAUCGAUACCAAAUCGGAGGCUUUGUUGAUAGAUUCGGAUCUGUUCAGAUUUUCUGCACCGAUCCUUGGGGCACUUGCAACAGAUCCCGAUGUGAAUGUGACAGAUCUCUUGCACUAAAACUCCGCCAGUACGAGCCCGAAUGGAACAUGCAGUACCACCAUAAAUGGGGUAGAUUCCAGCCUCAGGACGCAUGCAACUUCAACAUCAAUGAAUUCCGAACUUCCGGAAAACUGAAGAUGGUCGGCAACGACUACGUGAUGGACAACCGACCUUACAUCGUCAACUUCGCCAUGGGCACCCACGGUGGCGGAGGAGGAGGAAACGGUGGCCCUCAAUCCAGCGUGAAAAACUCCAUGUUCCCGAUUUAUGGACCAAUUAUCGGCUGCUGCGGGCGCUUCCCAACUGUCCAUUACUUCCGAAAAGGGCAAAAAUGCUGCGCCGACGGUCAAGUGACUGAUGCAAAGGCCCCUUGCGAUUCUGAUUUCACACAGUGA